UCUGUCUGGGUACCAUUUCGCGCUGAACAGUCGCGCGGUUCGUUUUAUGAUUUUUGGGAAAGUUGUGAGAGUGUACCGCGUACCUUCUGCCUGGUAGCCUCAAGGUAGCUGCUCUCGGACGUUUUGGGCUGCUGCCUGGUGAAAUGCGGAUUCUUGUGCGAUCAUCAUUAAUGAGGUGUUGAAGCCUAUGUAUUAUCGAUAUCUGCGUAUGGGGCGCAAUUUGGUUUGAAGAUCGCGUGUUUUGGUUUUUCCUUCGAACAGGCUGAAAAUAAUCGACAGUCAGUGAAUUUUUUCAGAGUGAAAAAAAACGCAGUAAUCGGUGGGUUGUAAGAAAAACCAUAGGCGAAAUUUUGCACAAAUUUGUUAAUUUGAAGCGUUCACGUGAUCCAGAAUUUCGGAAGUUUAUUCGACAGAAAGUAUAACAAGCCAAUUGACAAGUGACAGUUCGUCAAGGGAGGAAUCAAAAUCAUAAGGUUCCUUGGAGUGGAUCUACCAAGGUAAAGAAACACAAUAUCUCGCCAAAAGAAAGUAACUGGGAGAGCAUUCCCCUUUUGGUUCGGAAGUUUUUUUUUCUCACAUUAUUUUACGCAGACCAUCGUAGCAGUGGAGAGUAGGCCUAAUUGCAGAAGGUGAGCAGUCCAGCGUAACCGAAAACUUAACCAAGUCCAGCAGCAGCAGAAGAAAACUGUUUUCUGAAAAAAUAAUAAUAACAAAAACCGUCUUCAGCACCCAGGGUUUGUGCGCCAGAACACACGUUGUUGUAGAAUAGUUUUAAAGUGGCCUGCUUAUGUUUUGCCGUUUUUUUUCGCGCUCAACUUAAUAGAAUCGAGCUGGCACAUUAAAGUGGAAUAUAAGCUUAAACCAAAUAAAAGGGAUCGGUUUCAUCACAAGAGUGAGUGUAUGUGUGUGUCUAUGUUUUGUGGUGAGUGCAGAAUUGUGUUUGCCGCUUGGAGCAGAUCUUUUUUUCGCCUUUAAUGUGAAGGCAAGGCCACCUUGGAUCAACAGCGAACGAGUGAGCCGCCAAACUGCAGAGUUGCAGAAACAAACUGUGAGGAUAGUUAAAACAAACCGAAUUAAAGAACCCAACUUUCCGACGGUAGAGACCUGGAGCCCGGAUUCGACCAGAAGGAGGCGGUGAAAAGUAAAACAACAACAACAGCUGGCAAUCGCAGCAUGCCAUGCGUCAUCGGAUAUCGAUGAUCCAAAUAGUGACCGCCUUCGAUCGCAGCGAGCUGUAAUUAUGAAUUACCGAAAACAUUAGCUAGCUACCCGCGGCCACCAAUUUCGGAACACCGCUAGAACACCUAAGCCACGCGCUCCUUACCGGAUAAUUUGGAGCUCCAUCCAAGUAGGCCACAACCACAGAUUGUUUGUUUUUGUUUUUUAGUGUUGCUUUUUGGGUGUUUUUUUUGUGUUCGGUUAAUUAGUGAGUGUCUUUAACCGCAUAUUUGCUUACGCCUAGCUAGUGAGACCGUAUGGUUAUCAUCAUUACUCAUCGUUAUUGAGGUGUGGUCGUUUUUGGGGUAGUGGCGUGUGGCGCCACCACAAGUGUUUGGGACAGGUGCCAUUUCCUUCCUCUCAAUCGCGCCGCGUUAUGACUUCAUCGAAUGACAUUGGAGGUGGAGGAGGCGAACGGGAACGUAACGGAAGAUCCGGUCAUCAUCAUCACCAUCACCACCGGAGUAGCAACAACAACUUGAACGGUAGCCAAAGUAAUAUUGUCGGCCGGCGAAUCAGUAAUGUUAGUGUUAAUAGUAUGAAUAAUAGCAACAACAACAACAAUACCAACAACAUGCUCAACGGUUACGGUCACAACAACCACAAUCACAACAACAAUAACAAUAACAACAGCAACCUGCAACUGGACAAAGAGAAAGAUUGGGAUUUUAAGAAAAGUACAAAGUAUCCGGAUUCGGACGACUGCGAAUCUCUGCCACCCCCGCCACCUCCCGAGGACGACAACUACGACUUCGAUGAUCCUCCGCCACCGCAUCACUUUCACCAUCACAGUCACCUCAAUCUGAACCUGGACACUCCCUCACCCCUGCCACAUCUCAACGGCCUAGUCGGAAACGGUGGAACCAUGAACCAUGGCCUGGGUCACGAUUCAAGCCCGAAGAAAUCCCGCAAACACCGGAACUCCUCAACCUCCGAGAAUAACAGUCCUAAUGGGAAAUCAUCCGGCGGUGGCCAUCAUCAUCAGCACCGAUCCAAUGGGCUCAAUGGGCAUAAGGGGCAUCAUCAUCACCACCAUCAUCAUCAUCAUCGGCCUUCGCACCACGGGACCACCAAAAGUAGUCGAGCCGACUCGGUGCUGUCGAGUGACUCCGAUAUCCGGUUUACCCGCCGGAAGCUCGGCGAUAACCAGAAGUGUGGCUGUGCGUUGAUUGCGGGAUUCUUGCUGAUACUGCUGUUCGCCGGAGUUAUCGUCUACGUUGGAUACACCUACCUCCGGCCGGAACCGCUGCCAGAUCGGAUCUUCCGGGCGCGGUUUCGUGUCAUCGACGGUGACUACUGGACCCCGGACAUGGCCGACCAAAGCUCGCAACGAUUCCAGACGCGAUCCCGGGACUACCGGGAGCGGAUCAAUUUGAUUAUGCGACGUUCGGACCUGCGGGAUCCCUACGAAGGAAGUGAAAUUCUUGCACUGGAUGGAAACGAAGGUGAAGACGUUACCCUACAUUUCGCCAUGUACUUCGACCCAUACGCAGAAUUGGUAUCCGCAGCCGAUUUGCACUCGAUUUUGAUGGAAGAGAUUACGGCUGAACACCCGAAGUAUCUACGGAAUUUAACGAUUGAUCCAACGAGUUUGGUGAUAAAGGAAGUUCUUGGACAGUUCGACGAUAUUCCUGGAACGUCUUCCUCUCCACUGGGAGGAAAAGACGACGUAAUCAACGAAAUAGCUACGACGGUGCGUCCUCCAAGGAAAUGUGAACCACUUAAGCUGAGCUACUGCCGUUCGGUGGGCUACAAUAUGACCACAUACCCGAACUACUUCGGCCACAAUUCGGUGGAAGAGGUUGAGGCUGAUCUGAUAUCGUUCCGCGAGCUUGUUGAUGCGGAGUGCUUCCGGCAAGCUUUCGAUUUCAUCUGUCGAUUGUUGCAACCUCCUUGUGAGUAUAGACGUAUGGAAGAACCUAGUCCAGGUCGGAUUUGCCGUCAGUACUGUCAGGCUUUCUGGAGCGGCUGCGGAGAUCGACUUCCGGUGAGAUUCAAGAAAUUUUUGGACUGCGAACGAUUUCCGGAAUCCACUGGAAUUCAGUCGUGCCACAGUAAACCGGGUUGUGCCGUUGAGCUUCAGAACAAUGCCCUCUCUAGUCGUCUCUGUGAUGGAGUAGCCGACUGUCCGGAUCUCUCGGACGAAAAUACCUGCACUUUCUGUGCCUAUGGAGCCAUCUACUGUGGUCGUGGAAGGAUCUGCUAUCCGAAAAAUGCGCGCUGUGAUGGUAAACAGGACUGUCCGGAUGGCAGUGACGAAAAGGAUUGUCUGUCUAUCUCACCGCAAGUAACCCAUCUGACGUUCCCGGCUCCAAUUGUCCCCUAUCGGCCGAGGUUCUUCUCGGAAGGUUACGCCGUAUUCUCCGAAAAAGGAACUACCGGAAAGCUUUGCUCCAUCGGUAUGGAAACCAACGAAUUUGUCCGGACUACCGUAGCCGAAUCGCUCUGUAAAGCCCUCGGAUACGAACGGGUGGACUUCUCCGAGAUCCGUAACGAUACGGAACCCAACACCAGCUACGUCAGGGUACUGGACCCGAGGGCAUCGGAAAUUUCCUUCGUGCGAACGACAUGUCAGACGAAGCAGUCCCUGUACGUGAGCUGUGGUCAGCUGGAGUGUGGCGUUCAAUCGGCGUUACCAAACAAUGGGCAAAAUGUUGGUCUCUCCAAGAUGGCUGCACCCGGAGAUUGGCCCUGGAUGGUGGCGCUGUUCCGAGCGGAUACGCACGUUUGUGAUGGGACGCUGGUUUCAUCGGAUUGGGUUCUUACGACCGAAUCGUGCUUCCAAGGACAGGCGAAGGCAACCUGGAUCGCCAUCUUCGGUGCCGUCCGCCUUUCAUCGAACGCACCCUGGACCCAGAGGAGAAGAAUUAUUGGCAUGGUAAAAUCCCCUGUUGAAGGUAGCACUGCAGCGCUAGUCCGCCUGGAAACGCCGAUAGUGUAUUCGGACUUCGUUCGACCAAUCUGCCUCCCGGACAUCCCGCUGAAGGAAACGAUCGAUCGCGCGGACAGCGGUGUCAAACCGACGCCUCAUGCCGAGAAAUUCUCCAAAACACGGGCCCCCAAGCGACGUAUCAAGGAAUACCGGCAGUACUUCGAAACCCCCGGCGAUGAGGAUGGAACAUCGGAAGAGUACAGCGAAAUCACCGAGUCAUCUCGCUAUCAGGUGAACGAAUUUGCCGUAGAGUUUACAGAUGAGGGUUCACAAAUUCCGAAAGCGGAAGCUGUGGGUGUGAUUGCUGGCACGAAAAAUCCUUACCCACUUCCGGAGAACUCACCGCAGACUAACAACUACGUUUCACCGCUGAACUACAUCGGACAGAGCUUCCAGGCACCGAAAUCGAAACCCACCCUGUGGACCAACUGUAAUACGCUCGGUUGGAGCCGUCAGAGGGAUCAUCUGCAGCGAGUGCAGCUCAAGAUAAGCGAUAUGAAGCCCUGUGAAAAUAUCUCGAUCGCCACCGUUAAUAGCAUGUGUACGGAGGCUGCCUACCAUAAGCAGGACUGCAGCGAGGAGGAGUUUGCCGGAAGUCCGGUCCUCUGUCUGCUGCCAACCGAACGGAAGUGGGCCCUGGUGGGGGUGGCCUCAUGGCGGAUCGCUUGCGCCCCAAAUGGCGUCGAACGACCACGGAUGUACGACAAAAUUACCUCCAACACGCAGUGGAUUCGGGAAACGAUCGCGGCCUCCGUGUAAUAUAGGGAACGAAUUAGACGAAAUGAGUAACAAAAAAAAAAGAAAGCUCAAAAACACAAAAGUCAACCAACUUCGUUGUUGCCUAAAUAUGAAUAUUUAGUCCAAAAAUCGAUGAAAGGUUUAAUGUUCGUCAAAACGAAAUUGGAGGUUGAGGUCUGGUUCCCUCACUUCUUUCAGACUGAGUUGACUUCUCAAUGAGGGAUAGAACGUUUAAGAGAGAAAUUAAUCACAUAACUCGACCUUGUUUUACCAUAUAAAUUGUAAAACACCAAAACACUAUGACAUACAUUACAUAAAAAAAGAUCUUCAAGAUAUCAGUUAAAUAUGUGCAAAUAUUAAGUUUAGUAAUCAACUUAUAGUUAACCGUACGAUUGUGAAUAAAUUGAGUGACGUAAGAAAUCGGUAUGACGAAUGAGUAAUGUAAGUACGCGAGAAUUUUUACCUUUACGUAGCCCCCAACUACGGUUACGAUCUGUUAAUGCCAUUAUUUGUUUCCCCUUAUGUAUACUUGUUCUUUGUACUUUGCUUUCUUUACACAAUCGUUAGCUUAAAAAUUAAAUCAAUUUUAGACUUACAACUUUUUUUUUCACUUUUCACUUGUUAGGACUUACUUGAAUCAAUAAUCAUCUCUUUAAUGUGUAGAUUUAAAAGUGUAUAUUUAAAAAUUUGGAAAGAAAUAAUGUUUUAAAAUUUGGUUGGUCGUGUACAGUAGGGAGCAAGCGUAUGAAAAAUGUUUUAACAAAAAAAAAAUUAAAAUAUAAAAUUAUAACGUUAUUUUUAGGAUUCAGACCGCGCCGCUUCUCACUGAUCGAAAAGCAAUUCCAAUGUUUCUACUAUCUAAGACACUAGGUAUACAUACUUUGAAUUGUUGCUGUGUAAUUAUGUUAGGAGAAAAUUUUCAAGACACUUAAUAAAUUGUACAAGUUUA